AUGGAGCAAGUGUAUGUGAAGCUCGAGAUGGUCGGCUUCCGCGUGGGCAAACGGUUAGCGGAGCGUUUUGCCCCGCUCAACAGGCGUCUGACGGAUACACUGGAUAUUGUCAAGUUUGUGUGCAAGGACGUGUGGAUGGUGCUGUUCAACCGCCAAGUCGACAACCUCAAGACCAACCAUCGUGGCGUCUACGUGCUCCAGGACAACAAGUUCAAGUGGUUCCUUCGCAUGUCGGGCAACAACGGCGGGGCCGCUGCCGCUAGACGCGCACAACCGUAUAUAUGGCUGCCAUGCGGCAUUAUCCGCGGCAUCCUCGACAGCUUUGGCGUCAACACAGUCGUAACUGCCGAGACCAUGGGCCUUCCACAGUGCACCUUCCAAAUCAAGAUUGUCUCCGAAGAGCAGUCCAAUUCUUAG